AUGAUUUUGCUCAUAAUUGGUAUACUUAUAAUAACUUUGUACUUUUACGGUACAAGGAAUUUCGAUUACUGGAAGAAGAGAGGCGUUCCGUAUGAAGAGCCUCUGAUAUUUUUUGGCAGUAAUUUGAAGCAGUUUAUCAAUGGAGUCAGCGUAUCUGAAAGAUUUGCUGCUCUAUACAGGAGGUUUCCUGGAGAAAGAUUCGUUGGCUUCUUCGAGGGCAAUAACCCAGCUACACUAAUUCGGGACCCGGAAUUGGUCAAGCAUAUACUGAUUACGGACUUCAAGAACUUUUACUACAGAGGUCUGAAUCCGAAUAGGCAAGCUAUAGAACCAUUGUUGAAGAAUCUUUUCACGUCUGAGGGUGAUGUAUGGAAAUUGUUAAGACAGAAGCUGACGCCUACAUUUUCGAGCGGCAAAUUGAAGGCUAUGUUCCCAUUGAUAGUGGAGAGAACGGAAAAAUUGGCGAAGCUAGCUGAAGGUAUGGCUGAGACGUGUGACGAACUUGAUAUUCGUGAUCUAAUGGCCAGAUAUACUACAGAUUUCAUUGGAGCGUGCGGUUUUGGUAUAGAUUCGGCCGCGCUCAACGAUGAGAACUCAGAUUUCCGUAAACUUGGCAAGCGUAUUGUAAAUAUAACUAAGAGAGACCAUUUCGUUUCGCUUCUGAAGAGGAUGAUGCCAGUUUUAUGCAAAGAUUUACACUUCAUGGCGCCAGAAAUCGAAAAUAAGACCGUAUCUAUCGUCAAACAGAUUAUGGAGCAGAGGAAUUAUAAGCCAUCUGGUAGGAAUGACUUUGUAGAUAUGAUGUUGGAGCUUCGUGAAAAGGGAAAACUGGUUGGUGACUCUCUCGAGCAUAGGAAUCCGGAUGGGUCACCAAAAAUCGUGGAAAUAGAGUUAGAUGAUCAAUUGAUCGCUGCGCAAGUGUUCAUUUUCUUUGUCGCUGGUUUCGAAACUUCUUCAUCAGCAAGUAGCUUCUUGCUCCACAUGUUGGCUUAUCAUCCGGACGUACAGGAGAAAUGCCGGAAAGAAGUCGACGAGGUUCUAAAGAAUUACGGCGGGAAACUAUCAUUCGAUGCUGUGAAAGACAUGAAGUAUCUGGAAAUGUCACUCAAAGAAAGCAUCAGGUUCUUGACGUCUCCCGGCUUUUUGAUUCGUCGGACGGUCAAUAAAUGCACUCUACCAGGUACAAACUUUACGCUAGACGAAAAUAUGGUGAUGAUCGUCUCGACAGAGGCCAUGAAUAUGGAUGAAGAGCUUUUCGAGAAUCCUGAAGAGUUCAGGCCAGAGAGAUUCAACCCAGAAAACGUUGGUGAUAUCAAGAAAUGCACUUUCAUGCCAUUCGGCGAUGGACCCAGGUCAUGUAUUGGUGAGCGUCUAGGAAUCAUGCAGUCUUUGGCUGGAGUGGCCACGAUUCUUAGUAAAUUCACGUUGUCUCCGUCACGUAGUUCGUUACGUAAGCCACGUAUCGAUCCGAUGUCCACAAUCGUUCAGACUGUUAUCGGUGGACUGCCACUGUCACUUAAACGUAGAAAAGAUAUCUAA